GAGGAAGCUGCUGUGGCUGACGUGGGAAUAAUGAUCAUUCAUAGCGCGGCGGCCUGUGUGCAUGUGUAACUUUUCGUCCUUGAACGCAACCGAGGCGUUCGAGUCGAGUCAAGUCAUGCUAACGUCGUGCAAACACUCAUUAGAAUCAGGCCUGAGGGCGGACGGCUCAUCUGAUACAUGCUAUUUUUAGGCCCCUUGUAAUAAAGAAGUCAUGAGGAGGACUUUUUUUCAUUGGCUUUGUUUUUUAAAAGGAGGGGACAUCGCAGACACUUUUCGAGUUCCAACUCCAGCACUGCCGGUAAAGAUAACACAAAGGGCCGUGAAUGAAACUCCGCCCUCCCUCAGUCCUGUCAGACUCCAUUCAAGAUCCCCGAAGCGGUCUUUUUUUUUUUUUUUUUUUCAGGUCGGGGUUGGAGGAUCACAGCAGGCGCUCCUACACGUGUACAAACACUCGAGGACAGCUCGGUCAGAAAGAAAGGCUCAUAUUCAUUCAUGAUUUUCUCUGUAACUUAUGUAAGCGUCGGGCCGAGAGUUCGGCUCCUCAACUAACUUUCAGGGGGAGGACAUGAGUUUACGGACGCGCUCGAACCGGGACUUUUAACAGAGAGAGAGGGAGAAAGCCGCCUGACAGAUCAGCAGACUUGACAAUAUAUGCUCAGAGCGAACUUCUGCUUUUUAUUUCUUUCGUCCCCGCCGGAAACAUGAAGUCGUAGGCUCCUUCAGCCCGCUCUCAGUUCAGUUCGCACGGCAGCCGAGUGAACUCUUAUGUGAGCACUCGGGAGGUUAACAUGGGCGAGAAACAAGCGCCAGAGGACACGAACGCGAACGUGGAUCAAACCAGGGUGCUGACGGCGGGUGACAGCGACAGCCAUGCGAAGCUGGAGGCGGGAGAUGCGGCGCAGCGAGCCGCCGACCACGGCCAGCUGGACGGUGAUGACGCGCUGCGACCGACCCGCCUGUACAAGCGGCGCUGGCUGAUCGUCCUCCUCUUCAGCUCCUACUCGCUCUGCAACUCGUACCAAUGGAUACAGUACGGCAUCAUCAGCAACAUCUUCAUGAAGUUCUACGGCGUGGACGCCUUCACCAUAGACUGGAUGUCCAUGAUCUACAUGCUGACGUACAUCCCCUUCAUCUUCCCGGUGGCCUGGCUGCUGGAGAAGAAGGGGCUCCGGGUCAUCGCGCUGGUGGCCACCGCGCUCAACUGCGCCGGGACGUGGAUCAAGGUGGCCAGCGCCAGACCCGACCUGUUCGGCGUCACCUUCCUGGGGCAGUUCUCCUGCUCGCUCGCGCAGGUGUUCAUCCUCGGGAUGCCGUCGAGGAUCGCGUCGGUGUGGUUCGGCUCGGAGGAGGUGUCCACCGCCUGCUCCAUCGGCGUCUUCGGGAAUCAGCUGGGGAUUGCCAUCGGGUUCCUCGUGCCUCCUAUCCUGGUGCCUAACGUGGAGGACAUGGACGAGCUGGCUCACCACAUCCAAGUCAUGUUCUACAUCACAGCGGGCGUGGCCACCUUACUCUUCAUCCUCGUCGUCUUUGUCUUCCAGGAGCGCCCCGAGCUCCCCCCGACUCAGGCCCAGGCCACGGCUCGCAGCAUCCCACCAGAGCAGUACUCCUACACAGCCUCCAUCCUCAGGCUGCUCCGCAACAGGGCCUUCAUCCUCCUCAUCAUCACUUACGGCUUGAACGUGGGCUGUUUCUAUGCCGUCGGCACCCUGCUGAACCGCAUGAUCAUCGAGCAUUAUCCUGGAGAAGAGGUGAACGCUGGGAGAAUUGGCCUCACCAUUGUCAUUGCGGGAAUGGUCGGCUCCCUCAUCUGCGGCAUUUGGUUGGACAAAACCAAAACCUACAAGCAGACGACGCUGGCGGUCUACUUCAUGUCUCUGGUGGGGAUGAUAGUCUACGCUGCUACACUCAGCCUGGGGUACCUCUGGGUGGUCUUCAUCACCGCUGGAGCUCUCGGAUUCUUCAUGACGGGCUACCUGCCGCUGGGCUUUGAGUUUGCGGUUGAGCUGACCUACCCUGAGUCAGAGGGAACCUCAUCAGGACUCCUCAACUGUUCAGCACAGGUGUUCGGCAUUAUAUUCACCAUCUGCCAGGGGAAGAUCAUCGACAGAUUCGGCACGCUGGCAGGAAACAUCUUCCUGUGUGUCUUUCUUCUAAUCGGCACAAUAAUGACAGGUUUGAUAAAGUCUGACCUGCGGAGACAAAAGGCAAACCAGUUGGUGGAAGAAGCAGCGGCGAGGCGGAAGUUGGGUGAGGACUACGGAGCCACGGCGCUAAUCUGCAAGGCGCAGACUCCCCCUUCUCAGGCCUGAUCAAAAAAAACACAAAAAACUUUCUGCUUCCACAAAAACAAAUCUGCUCAAAUCUAAGCACGACACACGGACGCACAAAGGGACCUUCCGACAGCCCCGGUGGAAGCCUGGCUGCACCUUCCUUCGUCGCUGAAGCCAGGCUUUAGACCUGCACACUAACAUUAAAGCCUUGAAAUCGACCAUCGUCUCCACCCUGUUGUAGUGUGUGUGUGUGUGUGUGUGUGUGUAACACACCGAGGUAGAGCGACACCAUCAGGAAGUCUUCCUAAGAAGCGUUAGAUGUACAGUGUUGUAUUAAGUAUUUAUAUUAAAAAAAGAAAAGCUGAGAUUCUGAAUAAAAUCGGAUGUUUUAAUGCACAAUGUUGAGCUUGGUGAUCCACCGCUGAGAAAUAUUUUUGUAUGUUUGUGUAAGUCAAGGGCUCUCACCGAAUCUGCAUGGCAAAUCUGAGAAGCCUUAGUUUUGUCCCUCGUCAGUAUAUUUUUGUACAGAUGAUUGUGUGCAGCACAUGUAGGUAUAUUUGUCAUAAUUAAUUGACACUAAUUUUGUUAUUGCAUACGGCAGGUAACCCAUGUAAAUAAACCUGUUUUUAUGAGUGAUUUUGGCAGGAGGUUGAAGUAAUUUAUACAGCAGCAUGUUGUAGGGUUUUUUUAAUCUAUGGCAGUCAGCAAUAAGGGAUCAGAUACUGAUGACGCACAUAUGGUGUAAUGUCGUAACAGAGUUUGUGUUAUUUAACAUGAAAUAAACCUGUUUUGUAAAGUUUC